UGUCUGGGGAGUAUAGGGGAUGAAAUUGACCAAAAAUGGACGAACUUAUGGAGAAACUGGACAAUGCUUUCUCCAAGAAUGUUUUUGUUAGAGGCCGGUUAAAUUCAAGUGUGGAGCCAAAGAGUGACAAGGAUUUAAUUCGAUAUGUGGUCAAAGCUAUGGCUAUGGAGGCUUGUGCGGAAGAGAAUAAAGCCGUUCACAGAUGCAUGAAACAAAGCUGGUUUAGUGCGUGUAGUGUAAAACAAAGAGAAUACUGGAAUUGUUACCGUAAAGCAACUAUCAGGUUAAGGAAGGAAUAUGGAGUGUACUUGGAUGAUUGAAACUAUUUAACUGCUAAAUGGAAUAAGAAAAUAUAUAUUUACAAAAAUGCUGUGACCAUGGAAGAUAAUCUGCAGAAUCCAGAUCAAAAAUAACCAGCUCUCCACAUGCCAUAAAUCUUUUGGCACCAACCUACAAUUACUUUGAAUUUCACAAAACUUCCCUCCUGGUAGUUGAAGAGAAGGGUCCAAAAUAUUGGUUAAAUGUUUCUUUAGUUUUUUUGUUAAAAAUAUUGUAAAGCACAAUAUUAAAAACUGGAUCAUUUGAUAGAGCUAUUCGAGAGUUUUCAUCGGCUUACCCACCUUGGGUUAUGAGCCAUUAUACCAUGCCUGCAGAUGAAGACGAGUUAAACUAAAGGUAUUUGUAAAUUGUAACAUUGGCUUUGUUUGUAAAAAAAAAGUUAGAGAGAUAUAUAUGUUAUUCACCAGCCAAGGUUGGUCUGUAUUGGGAAAAACUGUGCCUGAAGUCUUGGGCCUCAGAUGGUACACAACACAGAGGGCACAGUUUUUCCCAAUACAGACCAACCUUGGCUGGUGAAUAACAUUUUUAUUUUUUUCCAAAACCUAACAAAUGGUUGCAAAAAGAACCUGAAUGAUGAAGGGUUGUAAUUACAACUAGAUUCUUCAUAAAUGGAACAAUUUAUGGGCAAGUAGAUGGUAGAGAAAACAAGGGCAAUGCAAAUGAAAGAGAUAAGUUUUGCAUCAAAACAUUUUUAUUUGCGUAAUGAUAUUAAAAGGUGAUUUAAAAGGCUUCCAAGAAAACUUCAAAACAUUUUUUCAGGUACCGCCCACUGUGAGUGGGCCAGAUGGGGAGAAUACUGACCACUCUCAGAACCAGUCAGAUUGCAGGAUUUGUAGAAUACUGCCCACUCAUGAACUGAGAAAAAAAUGGUUAUUUUUUGGGGCUUUUUUAAUAAAACAAUAACUUCAUUCAGGUGUGUUGGAUAUGAGAUGAUUAUGUGGGCCAAGUUGGCUAACUACCAUCUCAUACCCAAUGUAUGCUCCUGGAAUGAUUGUUGAUUAGAGCAUAAUAACAUGGAGAAUGUGUUAUAUAAA